AUGGAAGAGCUUCUGAAUAAUAAUCAAUAUUGUGCAGAUUGUGACAGCGAAAAAAUUGAAGGAGUCAAUAUGCAAUUUGGAGUGCUUGUGUGCAAAGCCUGUGCAAAAACUCAUUCCCAGUUCAAUAUGCCAAUUCGCAGAUUGCAUGAGCCUUUUCUGGGCGAAGAAAUCACCUUCCUGCUCUCAAGAGGGAACAAAAAAGUAAACGAUUCUCUGCUUAUUAACCUAGAUCCGUGAAUUGCCACUCCAAAGAUCUUCAAAUUCGAGUAAGCACUAUAUAGAAGCGUUCGAUACUGGUAUAUUGAGUCGAAAUAUAUUCAAAUGAUCUUCGCAAGAGAGCGCAGAGAAAAGAAACGGCCUACUUACGACCUUAAUAAAUACUGAUUUUACAUAGAUGAAGUCUCAAAACGAUUUCCCAUCACAAGAGGCCCUGUAACUCGAUGAGAGAUCAGGAAGAUGGUUAAUGACGCAGAAGUUUUGUUCCUAGAGAGCUAUAUUUGGCACCCAAUUCUAUACUAAUUGACCAAGAAUAGCCCACUAAGGAGCCAUUCUUGGUCUGCCAGAAAAAAUUUUGAUAAAAGAUCCUAAUCUGCCAUUACCACUGAGUUUUGGUGUUUCCAAAAUUUUUUAGGCAAGCCAAAUGCAAUAAAAAAAAUUGUUCUUUUGCGAUGAUGCAUUUGGCUUGUCAAAAAAAUUUGGAAACACCAAAACUCAGUGGUAAUGGCAGAUUAGGAUCGUUUGUCAUUACCACUGAGUUUUGGUGUUGCCAAAUUGUUUUGACAAGCCAAAUGCAUCAUCGCAAAAGAACAAUUUUUUUUAUUGCAUUUGGCUUGCCCAAAAAAUUUGGAAACACCAAAACUCAGUGGUAAUGGCAGAUUAGGAUCUUUUAUCAAAAUUUUUUCUGGCAGACCAAGAAUGGCUCCUUAGUGGGCUAUUCUUGGUCAAUUAGUAUAGGGCAUAAGUGAUGCCAUGUGGAGAAAACUCUCGACGCCAUCAAUCCUUCAAGCGAGCAAGAUGACAUAGUGACACAAGAAAAAUACCAAAAAAUGCUGAUUUUGCUGGACAAGCGGUACCCUCAUUUAAAAGGCACAGUAGAAGUUGUCGUCGGAAAGUCCAAGCCUCAAAAAAAAUGACUGGUCCUAUAUAUGAAAAAGCUACUGAUUUUUCCAAGUAGCAAUUCUUCUCAUUUUGACCUGGAGCUCCACCUUGACAGCACUUCUCUUGACUUGGUAGACUCUGGCAACUCUGUGAUGAUUUCAGUUAUUAGUGAAGGAAUCAAGCUGCUAAUAAGCGCUAAUAUAUGAGAGGUGAUGGAAUGGUAUCAUUCCUUAUCUCUUGCAGUUUAUCUGAUACGCAACCUGGAGGAUGAUCUAGUCAUAAAAGAGCCUGAUCUUUCGGAAAUGCACGUUUGCAAUGUCACGACAAGCAGAGAUUAUAUGGGUGAUAAAGUUAUGGAAGGACAGCUCAAAAAAGAAGGAGCGAUUUUCAAAUCUUUGAACCCAAAAUGAUUUAUAUUAAGGACUCAAGGAUUGUACUGAUAUGCAAGCAAAAACGAUAAAGCCCUGAGAGAAAAAGACGCUAUAAGACUAUUUUAUGAUUCCAGCGUAGAAGAAGAAUCAGACGCAAAGAAUGGAUUUGGGUUCAUACUUAUCUCCAGGGUAACGAAAAUUACUCUUUGGGCUGAAAAUGAAGAACAGAGAUCGAAAUGGGUUUACUAUUUAAAAGAAACCAUAGAGCAUCUUAAAACUUUGCAUGAAGGAGUUUGUCUACUAUCAAUGACUUAA